AUGAGCUAUAUCGAUAAAGUACUUAAAAGAUAUGGCAUGCAAGAUUGUAAAUUAGGAAAUACCCCGGUCGCUAAGGGAGACAAAUUUAAUCUUCAACAAUGCCCUAAAGGAAAUUUGGAAAUUCAAGAAAUGCAUAAGAUUCCAUAUGCUUUGGCAGUUGGAAGUCUAAUGUAUACUCAAGUUUAUACGCGUCCAGAUAUUGCGUACAUAGUUGGCGUAUUAGGAAGAUAUUUAAGCAACCCAGGUUUGGAUCACUGGGAGGCAACUCAAAGGGUUAUGAGAUAUCUAAAGAGAACUAGAAGUUACAUGAUCACAUAUCGGAGGUCGGAUAAUCUUGAGAUCAUUGGGUAUUCUGACUCUGAUUUUGCAGGAUGCCAAGAUAGUUUAAGAUCCACUUCGGACUAUGCAUUCUUGUUGGCUGGUGGAGCGAUCUCUUAG